UUAUAGAUGCGAUGACUGUAAAAUAAUGUUUAUCUUUGAUGGUCUUGAUGAGUACAAAGAGAAGCUUGACUUUCAAAACACUUUGCUUCUCGGUGACCUCAGAGAUCCCACCACCCUGAACGUCCUCGUGGUCAACCUCUUCAGAGCGAGGCUGCUCUACCGCGGCAUAUUCCUGGUCUUUUCUCGGCCAUUAGUAGAGAACUGCAUCCCUUUUGAUACGCAUUAUAGUGAGAUUGAAGUGCGUGGUUUCCGUGACCCUGAUAAGGACGAGUACUUUAAGAAGAGAUUUCCGGACCCAGAUCAAGCAGCUCGAGUCAUUGCGUAUAUCAACUCCUCCAAAACCCUCCGCAUCAUGUGCCACCUGCCCUUGUUUUGCUCACUGGUGGCUGAUGAGUACCAGCACUACAGCACAACACAGGCCGAGCUGCCCAGGAGCAUCACCUACAUGUACACAAAGCUGCUGCUUGCACUCAUGCGUCAGCAUCGCACAUUUAGAGCUCCAAAUCAGAGCCCAGAUGAAGAGGAAGACUUCCUCAUGAAACUUGGAAAGUUGGCCUUCAACAUGCUGGAAAAAGACGAGUUCCGCAUCGACCAGUUCAACUGGAAUGUGGUGGGAGUCGAGGAAGAGGAGGCGGUGAUUAACAGUGGCAUGUGCACACAGUACCUGACAAAACCAUUUGUCUUGUGUCAUGAGCAUGUCCUCAGCUUUAUCCACCCCACCAUGCAGGAGUACCUGGCUGCACUUUAUGUGUUUCUCACCUUCAUAAACCACGGGAAGAACAUGUUUGAGCAGCAGCUGAAAGACAGGUUCAAGGGGAUAUUCAAGGCGCAGAGGACGAUGAUGGAGCUGUACAAGAGUGCUGUGGACUCAAGCCUGCUGUGUGACGAUGGUAAACUGGACAUUUUCCUGCGUUUCCUGCUUGGAAUGUCUCUUAAGACCAACCUGGAACUUAUUCAACCAUUCUGCACAUCUCCUCUAACGUGGCCGACAGUUACUAAUGAUGCUGCUGCCCUCAUCAGGAAGAGGAUCAGAGAAAAUCAGUAUCCUGGCAGGAAUAGCAACUUGCAUUGCUGCUUGGAAGAGCUGGGUGUGUGCGCCUCAGAGGCAGCAUCCAGUUGAUCCAACUCUUUUAAAAACUGAUCAUUGUGCUUUCCAAUGGGAGAGGAAAACCGUUAAAGGCAUGUCUGCCCUGAUGGAGAAACAUGUUUCUCUCCCAUUCAGCCAACAUACAUAAUCACUUGUGAAGUUACACCGAUGUACCAAAGAUGUGGAAAGAGAAUAUUUAAAGGAAAAUGUGGAUGGUGUGAAACACAAUAAUACUUAACUUAAUGUGGGAGUUAUUUUUUUCCUGUUUUUAUAUUUGAUGGACAUGAUUAUGUAUUGCUUGUGCUGCCUGCAUUUUCUUGAUUAGGCUUACUAUUGUAUAUAGUAUAAUUUAAAAUAGGUAAAAACUGAAUUAUUUUGCACGUUUACAUUUACUUUAUUAUUAUUGCUUGUUGGAUGCUUGCAUUGCUGUUUAGGAAUGUGAUGCAGUCGUCGCAUUGAGAGCUGUUAUUGUGGAUCCUACAUACCUAAAAACCAGAUGUACUCUAAUGCAGAUCACUACCACACAUCUCAGUGUAUGUUAUACAGGCUAUGUAUGAAGUUACUAACAAUGAUACCCAUUGGAAAGAAGUUAUGUUUGAAAUAAUUGGUGCCAUUAAUACAUUUCUAAGUGAAUUGAUUUAUUCGACUUUGUCUCAUCAUGGAAUAUAUUUUCAUAUGGUUCAAAAGUAUACACUUUAAGAUGGCUUAUUGCCAGCAGACACAGGAAUGAUAAACAAACAUAGCAAAUAGCUUAGCAAUUAAGUGUUACAAUAUUUGAUAUAUUCUGCAGUCAGAUUGUAGCUUUGUGUGGUUAAGUCAUCUAAAUGACAGUAAUUAAGGGAUCAUUCAGUUCCACGUAAAGAAUAUUGCCUCUGGGUUUUAUGUUUCCUUAGAUAAAGAGGAUCCUCGAAAUGCUGCAUCAAAUUCAUAUUACGAGAGGACAAAUAUACUCCAGUUUCUCAGAUCUUUUUACAUUUGAACACAAUUGGUCUUAAGGAAAAUGAUUGCUACUGUGGAACCAAAUGCACCUUAAGUUUUGUACAUUUCUUCAUCCAACUUUCCCAACUUUGAAUCGUGAAUUCACUCGUGAAAAAUAUGAAUUAGUUUGCAUGGCUCAAAGUUUUCUACUGUAGUGACAUUUAGUCUUUUCUUUUUUUCCCUUUAUUACAAACUCUACUAACUGUUGCUGCUAAAAUGAUGUUCUUUUGGGUCGUUCCAGCGCCGUUUGUCACGACACAGGUGAAGGUGGAUUUGAGAUCCUCUGCCGUGACAUUCUUGAACAGCAAACUCCUUUGUAGGAUUGCACCAUCAUCUAAAGUCGAUCUAAAACAAACAGCUCAGGUCUUCGGGGAAAGAGCCAUUGACCAGCCAGUAGAUGAGUGUCACAUCUUUACAGUUUGCAAACGCUUCACAGUGAAGGAACAGCUUCUCACCUGUAAGUCAGAAUACAUCAGACCCAUCAUACUUAACAGUAUAGCUUCAAUAUAUGUACAGGACCCCUUUAAUAUAUCUGUACGCUGUAAAUACCAAAUACUUGUUGGUCUUUCGUGUGUACAUACCUGGAUGAGCUUUUAUUUUGACAUGAUCUGGCCCAAUGAUCUUUGGAGAUUCAUCCUCAGAAACUGAAAAAGAAAUGUAGGUUCACACAAAAACAUAAUUACAUCAAAAUCAGACUUUGUAACACACAAAAUAUACCGUACCUGGAAAUCCAUCUGCAAGCAGCAGACACAACGAUCCAAAAACUGUUGAGAUGCAACAUAUUCACAAACAGUUCCAUAAUACAGUGAAAAGGACGGAUUUUGGUAAUACAUAGAAAUACCUUUGACAGCAGAUGACAGCUUCAUAGCGACUCUUCCAGUGAGAUCUUUUUGCUGUUGACUGUCGUUUUGGAUUACUAUAUAUACACACAAACAUAAUUCACUUCCCUACUCCCACACAAUCACAAUGCGUGGACAUAUGGUACAUGGGGAUUUCCUCACGAAGUUGCCAACGCUUGUCAACGCUUGUCAGUUUAAUUGCUGACUAAUUCACAGCUCUCGGUCUUGUGAUUCCGAUUGUCCCAAUAUAUAUAAUGUCAUCCAGUGGACAAUAACUUGGCUUUAGAUGCUGGAAAAAUAAACCACAAGGAUGUAUGGAUAAAGACAUAUA